UUAUGUUUACAAAGAAAUACUUCACUAUUUUUGGUAUUUAAUUUCAUGACAAUGGUUGGAUUAAGUUUGUUCUGGAUGUAUUCGAUGUUUUAAUGCCUGGAGAUUUUAGCUUCUCCAUCAGGGGCUGUUAUGAUGAUAUUUAUGGUUUGGAGAUACGAAACAUUUUUCAAACUGAUCAGGCUUCUGGAGAAUAUGUUUCGAUAGGCUCAUAAAUUGCAUUGUUCCCUGUGCAUAGUAAUGAGUUAGGUAUUUAGGAAUGGCAAAGUAACUGCUUUAAGUAUGAAGAGUAGGAGUUAUACAGGCAAGAUCAUAGUAACACAGUAACACAAAGUGCUUGGUACUGUGUGAGGCACAUCAAAAUUAUUUCUCAAGUUAACAGGGUUAUAGAGAUAAGACCAAAACGAGGUUGGAACUGCUUAAGCCACUAAUAUAUUUAUCAGUGAAGAGCAGUUGUUCCUUUUGGCUACCUCAGGAGCCAAGAUUCUUGGUUUAUAUUAAUACUAAUAUUUUUGAGACCUAUUAAAAAUUAUUGUUGAUUCUCAGAGUUCACAAUAUUCCCUGCUUAUUCCUAAUCUUCUUGCUUCAUUUGUAGAAUAUAAAUGGCAUUCGAACAGAGGAGGUGGCUGCCGUGACAAAGGGGCCAUCUACCAACCCUGACUCUGAAUGGGAUGGUCCCAAGCACUCAGUAAUUCCUAGUAAGAGCCAAAUGACCACCCCGUCGGAGUCUCCACAAAGCUUUGAGUUUGGCUCCCUCUCCAUAAGCAGCAAGGAGACAGAAGAGAAGGAGCAGGGGGCAGCUGGCUAUCUUGAUGUUAAGGAAAUGCCAAGAGGCCCAAGUGGGGAAUGUAUAGGAGUGGAGGAACAGGCCAGUGCCUUAAAGUUCUCAGUAUCACCAGCUUCCUCUCAGCUGCAACUUGGUGAAAAAAAGGCAGAGAGUAGUGAAGAAUAUGUUACACCAGCAGAGCCACUUGGAAAGCAAAAUGGAUCAUUUCAUGACUCUCGUGUGGGUAACCAGUUCCCCACCCUCAUUCGAAGUUUCCAGCCUCCCCUGGUGAAGACUCAGACCGUCACCAUCUCAGAUACUGCCAACGCUGUGAAAAGUGAAAUCCCAACCAAAGAUGUCCCUAUUGUUCACACUGAGACCAAGACCAUCACUUAUGAGGCUGCCCAGACCGAUGACAGCAAUGGGGACUUGGACCCGGGAGUCUUGCUGACAGCUCAGACCAUCACAUCUGAGACGACAAGCAGCACAACCACAACUCAGAUUACCAAGACUGUAAAAGGUGGGAUUUCAGAGACCCGGAUUGAGAAGAGAAUUGUGAUCACAGGAGAUGCCGAUAUUGACCAUGAUCAGGUCCUUGUACAGGCCAUCAAGGAGGCAAAGGAGCAGCACCCAGACAUGUCAGUGACCAAGGUGGUCGUCCAUCAGGAGACUGAAAUCUCUGAGGAAUGAGCUCAGGACCUAUCCUACCCCAACUCCCGGCCUGUCUCCCAUCCAAGAGAAAACCAGCAAAAUGAUAAAGAAGCUUACCUGCAAUAGUCAAGACAUCAGGCUUUCAAAAUUACUCUAAACCACCAGAAUAUUAAUUUCGUUUUCUAUUUGGAGUUUAUACCGAGAGAGUCUUCUAGACAUUGCUGAUUCUUUUAAUACCUUUUUCUAUAUUGUGAUACCAGAAAUUGUUCAACUUUUCACUCUAUGGACUGUUUUUAAAGAGCUUUUUGUUUUUUUAUGCGGUGGUUUGUAACCCCUUCAACCUAGUCUCUCCCCAUUUAUUUCCAACCCAGAUACUGACAGGUCUACAGAAUUCUUGAGGAAAUCCUCCAGAGACUCUGUCAGCUGUGUUGGGGGCCAAAGCCAGCUUAAUGGGGCUUCCCUGCUCCUCCCCUAGUUUUAUACCCUUUCGAUGUCAGCAGAAACUUCAUGAACCAGCCUUUUCUCAGAGCCAAUGAUCUGACUUUACCAAGUGAGGCAGGGCACCUGUCCUGAUCCACAGACCCCAGGGAGACAUCCCUGUCCUUCUGUUGAGGGUGGUUUUGGUGAGGCAGAGAUCUCUGCUAAGAAUGUAGUAUUGUUUUUCCUUCUUUCCUCCUGUUCUUUCUUUUUGGAGCUUCGUUAGAUCAAAGACAUAAGAAGUUGUUUCAGAUAUAUCUGAUACUGUGAAUGUUUGAACAAAUCUGUGGCCUUCACCUUCCUGCCCUCCCUCCCCUUUUACCUCAUCAGAAGCAGUGGCUCUGCUAAGUUCUCCCCCCACCUCCCAUCUCAGGAGACCGAAACUCACACAAAAAUAGGCACUUUUGGCCAAAAGCUCUAAUGGCACAUUUUUAGUAGUGAUUUGGGCAAGGGAAGUUGAUGAAGUUUAAAAAAAAAAAAAAAAGGUUUUCUAGUUCUGGGAAUGUGCACUUCACACAGGGAAUGGCAGAGUUUACCUCAGUCAGAUCCCACUAAGAAGUGUUUCCAGGUGACUGACCCUGGGCCUUUUUCUUUAAUCGUGGGAUGACCGGAAAUGUGACUCAGAGAGGAGGUUGUGUUCCUUGACCCUUCUUCUCCUGACCAGUACCUGCCUGCAGACACUCUCCUGGAGCAACGGAAUUGACUUUUAGGCGCCAUCCUUCCCACAAAACCCCACACGACAGGGAGCACAAACACCAGCUCUCAUUCCCACUCACCAUCUGAGGUCUGUCGGGUGUUGUAGGCUUGAUUUUUGUGGUGGGUUGUGGGUUUAUUUUACUUCUAAUUUUUUUUUUUGCUUGGUUUUGAAAAUGGGACUGACUGAUGAGCCCAAUUCCACCAUUCCUGGUAGAUCUGGGGGCAUUUUUAUUCAAUAGUGCUUCUCUCAUCUUCCAGCUGGCUUCCCACAAACACAUCUGCCUGGAAGUUCUUAGAAUCGUAUGGUGGGACAGAGGUGGACUUCAUGAGAAUAGACGGUGGGUCACAGCAGUCUCGGGGGCUCAAGAGCCGUGAGCGAAAGAGAAAAGUCUAAAACCUCUGCUCCCCAUAGUGGGAGCCAGCCGCAUGUGUCCAAAGCCUCGACUGGCUGAGUCUUGUUUUAGACAAACUCAGUUGGUUUGAACUGAUUUCAGAUGUGUGCAUUUUUCGUUUAGUACUUCUGUGAGCCUGCUACUAACCACGAGGCAGCUCUCUCUGGAGAGGGACAGGAAGAGCUCAGGUGGGACGCGUGACAGGCCUGGGGGAAAGGAUCAUCCUGUCUCAGGAGCAGACUUCCGGCCUGUGGGCAUAGGGUCGGAAAUGGUGGGGCUUGCUUGUUGGUGCCUAAGCCUGAGCCGUGCUGCCAGGAGUGGUGGUGAGGUUGGGAAUCCAGCUCACAUCAAACAGCAUGUAAUGGGAGCUCGCUUUCCAGUGGCCAGUUGUCCUGCUGAGAGACCUACCAGCCAGCUCCCACAGUGGACAGCUGUGGAAUGAAGAGGGUGGGGGUGAGGAAGCGGGCACAGCGUGAGCGUCACAAACCGGGCCCACUGAGUUCUCGCUGUCCACACCGCUGACGGGGGCCUGCACGCCCCCUUGGCUCUGUCACCAGCUCACCGUGCUGCUCUCUGCUUCCUUCACUCUAAGUUGGGCCAGAAGAUCUCAAAUGCCCUUUCAGCACUGAGAAGCCACAGAUUUGGACAAGCUAGGAAGAGGGUGUCCUUCCAAGACUCUUCCCCUGUCCUCCCGCUCUGGGAACAGAUCUGGGGGUUUGACAACUGUUUGGAUUUUUUUUUCUUCCUGCAGUUGUGUGUGCAUUUGUGUGUGUGUGUGUGUGUGUGAAGAAAAACAGAUUCUGUGCAGGUGGAAAUGGUGAAGAGGGGAGGAGAGAGCUUCAUUUCCAGGGUCAGAGACUUGGCAGCCGUUUUCCUGAAGUGACUCAGACACACCACAGUGACAACUCUCACUGCAAUUUUAUUUUUAUUUCACUUGAGAAGUAAAGACUUCCUCCAAGCUACACGAGGUCUCUGCCACCCACCCACCCACCCGCCCGCCCACCAAGCAGGACCUGAAAAGCUAAGGGCCCACAGAACCUGGGUGCAGGGACCUCUUGGGGCCUCCUCACCCGCCUGCCCAGGCCCCCCCAUCGCAUAUUCUGCAAGGCAGCUGAGCGGGAGGGGCCCCGACCGCCCUAGGGAGUAGAACCAGAGCUAUGGCCUGACUGACACCAAGGAAUGCUCGUGGGAAAGAUCUGCCCAGGAUCUCAGCCCCAGGCUGGUGGUUUUUGCAAAUCUCUCUGAAAUGUAUUAUUUUGGUGACAAAAAUGAAGGAGCUUUGUAAAUUUUUUUAAAAUUAUGAAUCAUGUCAAGUAGUUGUUUACAUUUCUUGACAAAAUAGGAACUAUGGCAGCAGAAUCAAAUUGGCAAGAUCCUUAGAUUAAAAAGGCAAUAAUUAGGUCUGCUGUUUUGGCCUUUUGUAGUAAGAGAAAUGGUGUAGUGUUUAGAUAAUGUGUUUGGUCUUGCUUCUUGUAUUGCAUUUUUCAAUAAACUAAACAAACAAAAAAACCCCAAAAAACCAGGACUGAA